GCUCCACCAGCUAAGUAACCGGCAUCCUCUCAGAGGCUGACUGUCUGUGAUCUGUUUGGACAGACCGGACAAACACACGGACGCCAUCCGUCCAUCGGACCCGAAUCCCUGUAACCAUGGCAACGUUCCCAGCCGCGCGCCACUGUGUGGGGCUCGUGCUACUGUGUGUCCAGGUUCGGCUGCUGGAGAGCAAAUCAGCGCGAAACUCUACAGGUGAUGACGUUCUGCUGCCAUACGCUGAGGGCCACGGCCCCUCCCACUCUCAUCGCCACGUCAGGGACUGUCCUUCUCUGGCCCGUGGCAGGAUGCCAUAUGAGACCUGGCCUUCCAAUAGCCACGAUACGCUCCCAGUGGCCAAGUCCAGUGUGUUCAUAUUAGACAUGCCAGGCAGGCUGGGCCGGCCCCGCUGGAUCUAUGGUCACAUGACGGUGGUUCAUGACCCGCUGAGGACCUUGUCGGUGUUGGAGCCUGGCGGCCCAGGCGGCUGCGAGAAAAGCCAGCUGGCGACAGUGGAGGAGACGGCCAUCGCUGCUGGGUGUCUGUACGCCCAGAAUGCCGGCUUCUUCGACACCACUCGCGGCCUGUGUCUGGGCAACGUGGUGAGCGAUGGCAGGAUGGUGAGGGACAGCGGGGGGGUGCAAAACGCCCAGUUUGGCAUCAGGAAGGAUGGCAGCCUGGUGUUUGGGUAUCUGUCACAGGAGGAUGUUUUGGACCGGUCCAACCCGUUCGUCCAGCUGGUCAGCGGCGUGGUGUGGCUGUUGAGGAACGGCGAGGUUUACAUCAACCAAAGCCUGAAGGUCGAAUGUGACAGGCUGGUAGACCAGGAUGUGUUCCGCGAUUUUGUGGACUUGCUGUCAGCGAGGACGGUGGUGGGUCACGAUGCCAGUGGCAACCUGGUCCUGUUUCAUGUGGAAGGACGGACUGAAAAAAGAGGUAUGAAUCUUUGGGAGGUGGCAGAGUUCCUGAAGAAAAACGGGGUCAUCAAUGCUAUCAAUCUGGACGGAGGCGGGUCUUCCAACUUUGUGAUCAAUGGCACGUUGGCCAGCUACCCGACUGACCUAUGUGAAUCAGACAGCAGGUGGCGCUGCGGCCGGCGUGUAUCCACCAUCCUGUGCGUUCACCAGCGGCGCUGCCGGCCGGCAAACUGCAGCGGACACGGAGACUGCGUGGACGGACGCUGUCAGUGCCGGGAGGGCUGGCGGGGCGCCGCCUGCGACUCUCUGGUGUGUCAGCCGCCAGCCUGCGGCCCCCACGGAGUCUGCACCGCCAAUGGCUGUGUCUGUGCUGCUGGAUGGACAGGAAGAAACUGCAGCCAAGAAUGCUCGCCAGGUCACUAUGGUGACGGCUGCAGACACACCUGCAUAUGCUUUAAUGGAGCUCUGUGUAACCACGUCAACGGACGCUGCAUGUGUCCCCCUGGUUUCCAUGGCAACUUCUGUGAACAAGCGUGUCCUCCUGGCCUCUACGGUCUGUCCUGUGCCGAGAGGUGUCACUGUGAUGACCAGUGUCCAUGUGACCCGCUGACAGGAAGCUGUGCCUCCACCAGUGACGGCAGACUAAACAGAGCAGGUCAGUGUUUGGCUGAACGCAUGUUUACAUUAUGGAGACAACAGGAAGAGGCUGACAGAGACGAACCUUAUCUCACAGAACAAACAUGGCUGAUAAUCACCGUCGCGCUCUCCUCUCUGCUGUUGGUCCGACCGGUGGGUCAACUCAUGCGGGCGAGUCGGAAGUGGAUUCUUUUCGGUUAUUCCUACACGCACAUUCCACUCAGCGGCAUCAACAGCUUGACCCAACUACAGUGAGUCCAUAAAAGCAUCAGAAACACAAACAUCUGGGAGAAAGAUCCAGCCAAUUAAACAUCAGGAAGACUUUUAUGUGCUGAGCAACAAAAGUGUACAAUCCAGCGACAGGAAGCACCCGGAGGAAAGUUUCAGAAGAUACAACAAUCCAGAGGUGUGGACUGGAAUCACAUGACUUGGACUCAAGUCGUGGAUCUGAACACUCCAGUGUUUUCAUCACACUGGAGAAGCAGAGAGGUUUCUAACUCCUGUCGAAGAUAUUAAACUCAACGCUACAGCAGCCCUUCACGCUGCGUCACAGAGACACCAUCAAAAAGAGGCUGAGGGGCAGGUUAUGUUUUCUGAAAGCAGAGCUGCUCUCAGACUCAUUUAAACUUCUGGAUGAGAUGUUCCUGGAGCCUCAGACUGCUGUGCAGCUGUAAUAUAAAGAGAACAGGUAUUGGGUUGGAUUUGGUGUCACGGAGGAGCAGCAGUCUCUUUUCUUUGAAUCUAAUGUUGAUUUUUUUUAUAGGAUGUGAGGAAUCAAAGAGGCAUCCAGGACUUAUUCCUGUGUCUUUAUUCCAGUGUCACCAGUACCACACUGGUAGGAUUUCCACCUUGUUGCUAUCUCUGUAAAUUAAACCUUUGAACUGGAAGUCUUUUUACCUCUCAGUGGUUGUAGAGAUUUUUUCAGAAGGAACUAUUGACGUGAAGUUGUCUGACUCUGCACUGAGCUCCAUGGACUGAUUGAGUAUGAAAUGAUGCAUCAGACUGUUUUUACUACAUGUGUUUACAUUCCAGAACACUUCAUAUGAAUAUGUUUUAUAUUAUUUCAGUUAUUUGAGUUUGAUUGUAAUGAUGUGUCAUUGUUUUGUUUUUAUAUUUAUAUGUAUUGUUUAAAAUCAAAGACACUGGUGACUGUUCUCUUAUUGACAUUUUCUGUCCUCAUUCCGUUUAUUUGCCGUCAUGUCAGCACAGGUAGGACAGGUGAUGCGGCCACGCGCUGACAAAUAGUCAAGAGUCGGUGACAGUCAUGUGACCGUACUGCGUGAAGUUACUACAUUGCUGUAUAAAUACCGGAAGAGGAUGGUGGGUGUUUCAAAAUUAAAGUUUAACAUUGAAGGAUAUUGUCCGAUCAAUUCGUUGCUAUGAUUGAACAAAAAUAAAUGCAAUCUUAUUUCCUGUCCGAUUCUUUUUUUUCUUUUUUUCCCCAUGGGGCUCUUUUUAUGCUUCAUUUUCACAUUACUGUUAUCUGUGACAUAAAGUUGAUUCAUUUAGUGGUUACAGUUGUACUGAGGAAGCCAGAAGUUGCUGCAUGUAUUCUCUAAGCAUAGAGUUGACUGAUCAUUGUGCAGGCAAUGUGUGCUGAUAUUGUUGUUAAUGAUG